AUGUGAUAAGUGGGAUACUGUAACAAACUAGUUGACAUACAAACAUGGCCAGGCUCUACUCACUUCUCGUCGUAUUUGGGGUUGGUUUGGCUCUGUGUGGCGCGACCGAUCCACCACAAGACGACGAUUGUCCGAACUUCGACGAAUGGUUCUUUUCAAACAACCAAACGUACGAAAAUCACCCGAUUGAGUUCGAAAACCCUCUACCGAAAUGGCUUCGUGGGACGCUGAUAAGGAAUGGAGCAGGACAAGUGGAAAUGGGUAACAGGAAAUUCGUCAACUUCUUCGAUGGCUUUGCAAAACUGAACAGCUGGAGGUUUCCAGGCAAUGGAUCCGCUUUCUUUACCACGAAAUUCAUCCAAUCUAAGGUGUAUACCGAAUCCGUCGCUAAGAAUGACAUUGCACCUUUUCUAACUUUUGAAGGUGUCGUUCCACCGUUCGGAGAAAUUGAGCGAUACGAAUCCUUCUUGCUGAAUAUGGACAACACUGUCGUUAAUGUAUUUAACUACUCCAACAAGAUAGUAGCCAUGAACGACAUCUGGAAGGUGUAUGAAGUUAAUCCUCUUACAUUGGAUACUAUCGGCGUGGUGAACCCACCAACACCACCGACCAAGUAUUCCAACUUAGCCCGGCUUAAUGUAAUGUCAACUGCUCAUCCCGUGAAAGAAUACGGCACGCCGCACACGUUUGACAUCCUCAACACGUUCAGUCUUAUUCCUGGAAUGAAGGAACGGUUGUCGGUGGUUCGAGUUACUUCGCUUGCAGGGCGCGAACUAGUCGCAGAAUGGGAAAUCGACAGAACGUCCUACAUGCACUCGUUCUCUGUCACUCCAAAUUACGUUGUACUGCUUGCUGCGCCUUACUAUGUGAACAUGAACGACAUGCUCAAGUACGCUUCCGUUGUUGGCGGGAUGGCGUGGAACGCUCAAGAUAACGCUACGUUCUAUGUCGUAGAAAUCAAAACAGGAAAGGUUCACACGCUUGUUACUGGAAACGUCUUCGUAGUUCAUCAUAUUAAUGCAUUCGAAAGUCCUGACGGUAAAAUCGUUUUAGAUGUUCCAGCACAACCAAACCCAUACGCCUUUUCAUUGUACGACUUAGCAUACAUUCAUAACAAGACCGCUAGAGUCAACCUGAUUGCCAAACCCGUUUUGACGCGUUACACUUUAGACUUGAAGACCAAAAAUGUUCAGCGCGUUUCUUUUGAAAGUGGACCAAAGGCUCCUUGUGUCAGCGCCUUAGAAAUGCCCGUGUUCAACGAGAACUACCGCCAUGGGAACUACUGUUACAUCUAUGGCCAGGUUAUCAACUAUAACGGGAAGGGCUUCAGUCACAUCGCUCUCGUCAAAAAGGAUGUGUGCAACAACGCCGGAGACCUUAUGUAUACCGCACCCCACCAGUACCUUACAGAACCCUGGUUCGUCCCUAUGCCUGGAGGCAAGGAUGAAGACGACGGCGUGUUGGUGGCGUCAGCUUUCGACGGGGACAAGAAGGCCAGUUACCUACUAAUGCUCGACCCUAAAACCAUGACAGUGAUUAACCGAUCCUACAUGCCCACACGAAUACCUUUCAACUUCCAUGGCAGGUUUUUUGAUGCCGUGUACUAAGCAAAACGCCAGAAGUGUGUCCAUCAGGAUGAUCCUGAACGGCAGUGCAGUCUUUCGUCUUUAAUACAUUUUAGUAUUCUAAAGGAUCUUAGUAUCUGUUUAAAAAAUAAAACUGAGAAAAAAAAUAGUCUGCUUUAUUUUUCCAAGGUACAUAAUCGGUUAGUUAGUUAGGUAGUUAGUAAGUUUGUUAGUUAGUUAUGGAUUCUGAACGGCCCAUCAAAUGAUAAGGUCAUUUGGAUAAAAAAAAACAGUGAAAAAAGGCUUAGAUUCGAUAAACAGGAAUUUAUCUUUCGCAAGCGAAUCAGUAAACUUACUACGUUCAACCUAGAUACAUCUAAAUGCCUGGAAUAAGAACAUAAUUUAAAGAGUCUAAACAAAUAGUAUAAAAAAGGUCACAGAAGUUUAAUAUCCAAAAGUAACUUAACAAAAUACGUUCAUGUAUUGACACACAAAUACAGCAGUGGCUACAAAUCUAUAAUGAGGAUAUACUAUCUCUGACC